ACGCCGAUCGUCGCGCCGAAGCCGGACUCAAACCGGAGGCCAGAGGAUCGGUCCUCAUUCCCACGUCCCACGUCCCAUUGUCCCCCGACGCCGGUUUCGUGUCUACGGGAUUCACGUUCUCGUUCCCGACGAUCCCAAGCCACGAACUGGCCGUCGCGGAACGACGGGCAUGAUUGUGCCCUCGACGGAGUGAAACGCUGUUCGCUCCGGUUUGUUCCGGAUCGCGACACGGUUAAAGUCCGUCCCCCGCGGCACAUCCAACUGUCGUCAUCGUCAUCCGUGUCCCAGUAUUCUCAAUUAGUCCCAGUAGUCCCAGUCGUGAUGUGCGUCGUGCCGGCACCCGGGCACGCUCGAUCGAGACACUGCGACAGUUGAGACGCCAGAGCGAGUCCUGCAGAGUCCUGGGUCCUGGACGAUCCUGGUCGCGGACCGUGGUGACGCAUGGCGCGAUAAAGCGCGGCGAGGAGUGGUGACCAGCGGAGACACUGCUCUGCCUGACGAUCGGCAAAUUCGGAUGGACGCGGCGCGCCGACACUUAUGACUUAGCGGGACUCAUUUCUGGGACGUGAUUCUCGUGUUCCCGACACAAGUCCUCGUCGUCGUCGUCGUGCAGCAAUUAACCGGUAGGGGCGAUGGCGAAUACCGGGGUGCUGCCGUUCGUGCGAGGCGUGGACUUCAGCAGCAAUGAUUUUGGCGAUGGUAAAUUUCCUGAAUCUGUGCGUCUUAUGACUGGAAUACAAUGGCUGAAAUUAGACAAAACAAAUUUGACGGAGAUCCCAGAAGAGAUGGGCAAAUUGUUGAAACUGGAACAUCUAUCACUUGUCAAAAACAAAUUGGAACGUUUAUAUGGCGAAUUAACAGAAUUGGGUUGCCUCAGGACUUUGAACAUAAGGCAUAAUAAUAUCAAAUCCAGUGGUAUACCGGCAGAAUUGUUUCAUUUAGAGGAAUUGACAACUUUAGAUUUAAGUCACAACAAUUUGAAGGAGGUACCUGAAGGCCUAGAAAGAGCACGUUCUUUGCUCAAUCUUAAUUUAAGCCAUAAUCAUAUCGAAACGAUACCAAAUACAUUGUUCAUUCACUUGACAGAUUUAUUGUUUUUGGAUCUUAGUCACAAUAAACUGGAAACAGUACCACCACAGACUCGACGUUUGGCUAAUUUACAGACUUUAAAUCUGAAUCAUAAUCCCUUAGGUCAUUUCCAAUUAAGACAAUUGCCAUCAUUAAUGAAUUUAACGACGUUACAAAUGCGGGACACACAACGAACAUUGAAUAAUAUACCUUCUAGUCUAGAAACGUUAACUAAUUUGCAAGAGCUAGAUUUGUCACAAAAUAAUUUACCCCGAGUGCCUGAUGCGCUUUAUUCCUUGUCGAAUUUGCGCCGUUUAAAUUUGAGUGGCAAUCAUAUAAUAGAAUUAUCAACAGCGAUUGAAUUGUGGACGAGAUUGGAGAUUCUGAACGUAUCGCGAAACAAAUUAAGUGCAAUACCAGCUGCUUUGUGCAAGAUUUCCACAUUAAGAAGAUUGUAUUUAAAUGAUAAUGAAUUAGAUUUUGAGGGCAUACCUUCUGGAAUAGGAAAAUUAUCAUCUUUGCAGGUUUUCUCUGCUGCUAACAAUCAUUUAGAAAUGAUACCAGAAGGAUUAUGCAGAUGUGGCUCAUUAAAGCAAUUAAUAUUAACUUCAAACCGAUUGAUUACUGUACCGGAUGCCAUUCAUCUUCUCACCGAUCUAGAACAGCUAGAUUUGCGAGACAAUCCAAAUUUAGUGAUGCCACCAAAACCGACAGAAGUACAAAGAGGAUCGGGUAUUGAAUUUUACAACAUUGAUUUCUCGUUGCAGCAUCAGUUACGUCUCGCUGGUGCUAAUGUACCAGCUCCAAUUCAAGCUGCUAAUAGUAAAGAUCCAAUCGCGCGUAAAAUGAGAUUGAGAAGAAGAAGAGAUCAGGAGGAAGCUGAUCAAGAUCAAGCAAAAAUUCUUAAGGGUAUGAAGGACAUAGCAAAAGAGAAGAACAAGGAUAAAGAAUGUGAGGAAUCGAAAGCAGAAUCCCUGAAACCCAAGCGAUGGGAUGAAGCUUUAGAGAAACCACCGUUGGAUUAUUCCGAAUUUUUUGAUGAAGACGCAGGUCAAAUACCUGGUUUAUCGGUCUGGGAAAUAGAGAACUUUCUGCCGAAUGAGAUCGAGGAGGUAGCACACGGUAAAUUUUAUGAAGGCGAUUGUUACAUCAUUCUGAAAACCGGAAUAGACGAAGGUGGAUCGUUAACCUGGGCAAUCUAUUUUUGGAUCGGAGAAAAGGCCACAUUAGAUAAAAGAGCAUGUGCAGCAAUUCACGCCGUAAAUCUGAGAAACUACUUAGGCGCUCAAUGUCGAACAAUUAGGGAAGAACAAGGAGAUGAAUCGGAUGAAUUUCUGAUGCUGUUUGAUUCGGGUAUCACUUAUAUCGAAGGCGGUCGCACAUCGUCUGGUUUUUAUACAGUGGAAGAUACACCAGCGAUUACUCGUUUAUAUAGAGUACACGCAGCAGGAGCUUCUAUACAUUUAGAACCAGUUCCAGUUUGUAUCGAAUCUUUGGAUCCCGGUUAUGUAUUUGUUCUUGAUACGGGAAAUAAGAUAUUCAUGUGGUACGGGAAGAAAGCGAAGAGCACAUUAAAAUCAAAGGCACGAUUGAUGGCAGAGAAAAUUAAUAAGAACGAACGGAAAAAUAAAGCUGAAAUUUUAACGGACGUCAUGGGUGUCGAAUCCGAAGAAUUCUUGUUGCAUUUAGGAAUGGAAGAGUACGAACAACAAAAUCUGCAAAUUGUUGAGCAUGUGGAUCCAAAUUUUGUGCCUCUCAUGCCUAGAUUAUAUCAAGUUCAACUUGGAAUGGGUUAUCUGGAACUUCCGCAGGUCGAAGUUCCUCACGGAAAGUUAACGAACACCUUGCUAAACAAUCGCAAUGUGUAUAUAUUAGAUUGCUAUUUAGAUGUGUAUGUUUGGUUUGGUAAAAAAUCGACGAGAUUAGUACGCGCCGCUGCUGUAAAACUAUCUCAAGAAUUAUUUAAUAUGAUAGAAAGGCCAGAAUACGCGAUGGUAACGAGAUUGCAAGAAGGCACUGAAUCACAAAUAUUCAAAUCUAAAUUUACCGGAUGGGACGAAGUAAUCGCUGUGGACUUUACUAGAACAGCUGAAUCGGUCGCUAAAACUGGAGCGGAUCUUACUAAAUGGGCUAAACAACAGGAAACAAAGGCGGAUUUGGCUGCUUUAUUUAUGCCGCGACAACCAUUAAUGUCGGCUGCCGAAGCGUAUCAACUCAUGGCGGAAUGGAACGAUGAUUUGGAAGGAAUGGAAGCAUUAGUGUUAGAAGGAAAAAAAUUUGUACGCCUACCGGAGGAAGAGUUAGGACAUUUUUACAGUGCAGAUUGUUAUGUUUUCUUAUGCCGAUAUUGGAUGCCACUGGAUAUAACUGAAAACGAAGACGGUGAGGAGCAAUACGAAGACGAUUAUCAGUGCACGGUGUAUUUCUGGCAAGGCAGAGACGCGGGAAACAUGGGAUGGCUGACAUUUACGUUUAGUCUGCAAAAGAAAUUUAAAUCACUAUUCGGGGAAAACCUGGAAGUUGUAAGGACACAUCAACAGCAAGAAAAUCUAAAGUUCAUGAGUUACUUCAAACGAAAGUUCAUCAUUCAUCAAGGCAAACGUAAACAGCCGAAAGCUGCAGGUAGUAACAAAGUAGAGUUCUAUCAUCUACGAAGUAACGGCAGUGCCUUAUGUACUCGGCUCAUUCAAAUACCGGCGGAUUCGACGUUAUUAAAUCCUGCUUUCUGUUAUCUUUUAAAUGUGCCAUUUAACAAUUCUGAUGAAGGAACUGGUAUUGUGUACGCGUGGAUUGGAUCAAGGGCUGAUCCCGAAGACGCUCGUCUAAUCGGAGAAAUAGCAGAGGAAAUGUUCAACAAUCCAUGGAUAAGUCUGCAAGUAUUAAACGAAGGCGAGGAACCAGAUAAUUUCUUCUGGGUGGCGCUUGGAGGAAAGAAACCUUACGAUACUAAUGCAGAGUUUAUGAAUUACACAAGAUUAUUUAGAUGUUCCAACGAGAAGGGGUACUUUACAAUUAGCGAGAAGUGCACCGAUUUUUGUCAAGACGAUUUGGCAGAUGAUGAUAUAAUGAUACUCGAUAAUGGAGAACAGGUAUUUCUUUGGUUGGGUACUCGCUGUUCAGAAGUUGAAAUCAAACUGGCCUAUAAAUCAGCUCAGGUAUACAUUCAACAUUUGCGCGUAAAGCAACCUGACAAACCCCGUAAGUUAUUUUUAACUGCCAAAGGUAAAGAAUCUAGAAGAUUUACGAAAUGCUUUCAUGGCUGGGGUUUACACAAGAGGCCACCGCAGUAAAAUCAAGUCAGUGUUCAUUACGCUUACCGUUUGGAAUUAGUUUUAUAUGCAGGCAGGGUAUGACACAAACGCAACAUUUUUAUGUAGAUUUCUAAUGUGUCGCAAUCUUCGUUCUUAUUCGUGUUUCAUAUGCCGGCUAAACGGAGGUUCAUUGCAAUAAUCUGUGUGUCCUCGAUGCAAACGAUCAAUCUAGAUCAGGAAAUAAAAUAAUUGUUCACUAAAUAACAACGAAUCUAACUUUUAAAUAACUUCAUAUUUCCACGUUUGCUUGUUUGCUUUCGACUUACUGGAUAAUUCUUCACUUGUUUUCUUGAAUACUAUGCGUCUGCUUGAUAUAUGUAAUUUAAUUCAGAUUUCUAUUUAUUAGC